AUAAUUCUCAGAAUCCUAACUGUGGGCGUGUUCGAAGGCGGGACAGAGCCGGCAGCCGUGUCAAAAGAGCUGUGGGAAAAGAAGGCGAGUCGUGAGGCAUGCUUGGGGCGGGGCUGAAGUACAAGGCGGAGCCAAGGCCGUAAGCGUACUGCGGCGUGUAAAGCUGACAGGGUGGGGUUUCCCGGAUUUCCAUCGCCGAGUGUGUGGGUGUUAGAGGGCGUGGCCAACAGGAGGUGGAGACUCCGGAAAAGGCGUGGCUGGAGGCCAGCGAGUCGGGGUGGAUGCGCGGGGAGUGUUCCAUAACCACUGGCUGAGUGCUGAGCUGCUGUCCGUCUGUCCGAGCGGUGCGACUCGUGCGGAACGGUCUGUUCAUCACAGAGAAUGUAAGGCAUUGUGGGAAAUUGAGUCUUGGCUGGAGGAGGGUUGACUUGCUGCACGAAGCCCUCUGAUCCUGCACUACUUGUGUUUGCCCGUGAUGAUGCACGUGCAGAGGAUGUGUGGAACUCCUAUUUUUCCACCUUUUCCAUAUUCUUGAAAAGGAUGACUUGUAUGCAACCAGCAAGUUCUACAUAUCCAGCUGUCUCUGUCCUUCUCCGCUGAUGUCCUGUUGUGGAGGAUUCCCAAGUGUUUUCCAAGCUCCUAACUAUAGAGAGGACGCAGAGUUUUAGGCUCCAUACCUGACCUGCGUGGCCAAACCUGGGCAUGAGAGAGUGCAGAAGGAGGCUGGUAAAUCUCCAGGGCGUGCACCUAGGAGGGUAAACUCUCAGAGCCUGGGAGUCUGCCGAGUACAUUGCAUUGAUCCAGCAGGCAAUUCUCACGCAUAUGGAGCUGCUGAAGAACAUCUUUGAAUAUUGCCACGCUCAACACUGCAGCUGCGCAUGAAGGACGUGCUGUGCCCGAGGCUUACAAUCCACAUCUCUCCCAGGCUACACCAUCAUUAAAUCCCACCGGAUCUGCUACACCACCAUUAUAUCCCUCUGCAGCCGGAUCUACUCCCAGACACUGUCCUACCUGCCUGGCCUUGCUUCUCUUUGCCUUUCCCUCCCUGCUGGAAUAUCCAUACAUUAUCCUGAUGGGGUAACGUGAUUGAGCUCAUAGCAUCACGUUCAUUUCAUUUGAACUCCUACAGGUUCCCCCUGAUGUAAGGAAGGAGGACGCUUGUCCCAGGGGAUAUUUCUAAAGACUUGCUCCACUUGCACAGAUUUCUUAUGAAGAAAACCGUUCACUACUAAGAAUUACUUCCCACACGUGGUGCUUUCACUAUAUUAUAUUUUCUUUUUGGUGCUUUUUGCUGAUACUGUACCCUUGAGAUCAAAUUUUUUUGCACAAUAUUUGUGGGUUUUUUCUAUAUAUAAACAUCACCUAUUUUUAUUGUUACUGUGUGAUCAUGGCGCGUAUCAAUCGUCCUGCCCCAGUGGAGGUUUGUUACAAGAAUAUGCGGUUCCUGAUCACCCACAAUCCUACCAAUGCCACGUUGAAUACCUUCAUUGCGGAUCUGAAGAAAUACGGUGCAACCACGGUGGUGAGGGUGUGUGAGAUUACAUACGAUAAGACGCCCCUAGAGAAGGAUGGCAUCACUGUAAUGGACUGGCCAUUCGAUGACGGGGCCCCACCUCCCAGUAAAAUUGUCGACGAUUGGUUGAAUUUACUGAAGACAAAAUUCUGUGAAGAUCCCGGCUGCUGCGUAGCUGUUCAUUGUGUGGCUGGUUUGGGAAGGGCGCCCGUCCUGGUGGCUCUUGCACUUAUCGAGAGUGGGAUGAAAUAUGAAGAUGCCAUUCAGUUUAUCAGACAGAAGCGCCGGGGAGCCAUUAACAGCAAGCAGCUGACGUACCUGGAGAAAUACCGGCCGAAGCAGCGGCUACGAUUCAAGGAUCCCCACAAUCACAAGAACAAAUGCUGCAUCAUGUAACCCCCGUGGUGCCUUGCCAAAGCACAUCCACCCAGGCACUUCUCCUCCUAAACACAGGGUUUUUACUAUGAAGUCGCUGAACUGUGUCAACCCAUCAACUGCCUCCUCCUUCUCACCAAUGUCGUACAAAUAAAGGAUAAGACUGUGCGCGACUGCUAAAACUAUUUUUGUUUUUUAAUAAGGCUCCGAUUUAUAGAAGGUUUAUCACUAUUCCAUGAAGAAGAACCCAGACUGAGCCUGAGGGGGUGGAGGGGAUGCAGUCAUUUCCUUUUUCUAUAAAUAUAUAUCUUUUCUUGUUAACGAUUUUUCGAGGGCUUUGUUACGCGUUUGCGGAGUCAGGAUCUAGUGUAUUUCCUAGUGGUAAGUUUUUGGAACCAGUGUAAGAUUAGGAUUUGUUCUUGUGCCGUGCUCCUUGUCUUACCAUCCCACCACCCCCAGCCAAUCAUCCGCUUGCAUCCAUUGCAUUACAGUCGGCCGAAGUCACGAAAACCCUGGGCUUGGCAACUGCCCAAGCCUCUUAUUGUUUCACACGCCUAUAAGAAACCAAAACUGGGAUUUCCAGGUAUCUUGUUUCUGAAAAGAACUUUUGUGUGUGUCAUAAUGCGAUAGUCACUGUUGGUACAACCCCUGUGCAAGAGAAGCUUUGUGGGUUUUUUAUUCUGAAAUAAAAUGGGUGUUAACGGAGCAUGCCUAUUGCCUUUAAGGGGGAA